CUUUUUCUCCUCGUCCAAUUUAUACACCUUUUUCUUCUUUCUUCUGUGAGAAUAGAAUAGGAAACCAAUACUUUUACUGUGCAGAAUUCUGUUUAUUUUUUUUUCUAAUUUCUAGCUUUUUUUUUGUUGUUUUUUAUAUAUUUGAUGACAUUCCCAGCACUCUCUUUUCGUUUCCUUUAAAAUCAAGCAAGAAUUUUAAACCUUCAUCUUUAAACCCGUUUAAUUUCUUUUUAUUUUUUCUAUUUUAAUUUAUUUUAUACCCAGAAAAUUUUAACCAGUCGAAUAGAUUAAGGGCCAGAACUUCCAGCCAGCCAAGUCAAACGACACAACGACGGCGGCGACGAUGCCUAAGUACUUUACUGAAACGCUGACGUGUCCUUUCGGGGAGUUGGCGACGAAUUUAUCAGAUUCCGAGCUUCGAGAGACGGCUUAUGAGAUUUUGGUCGGAGCUUGUCGGAGUUCCGGUGGGAAACCAUUGACUUACAUAUCGCAGUCGGAGAGGAACUCGGAGAGGGGGGCGACGCCGACGUUGACGUCGACGGCGUCGUUGCAGAGGUCGUUGACCUCGACGGCGGCGAGUAAAGUGAAGAAGGCUUUAGGAUUGAAAUCGUCUCGGAGUAGGAAAGCGAGUGGUGAGUCGGACUCUGAACGAGUCAAAAAGGCUGUUACCGUUGGGGAGAUGUUGAGGGUUCAGAUGGGAGUUUCGGAGCAAACGGAUUCCAGGGUUAGAAGAGCUCUCUUGAGAGUUGCUGCUUCUCAGCUUGGAAGACGGAUAGAGUGUAUAGUGUUGCCACUUGAGAUGUUGCAGCAACUCAAGCCUUCCGAUUUUCCAAAUCAAGGAGAAUAUGAAGCUUGGCAGAGGAGAAAUUUGAAGCUUCUUGAAGCUGGACUCCUUUUGCAUUCUCUGUUGCCCCUAGAUAAGACCAAUAAUUCUCCACAGCGACUAAGGCAGAUCAUUCGUGGGGCAUUGGAGAAACCCUUGGAGACUGGAAAAAACAAUGAAUCUAUGCAAGCCCUUCGGAGCAUUGUUUUAUCUCUUGCUUGUAGAAACUUUGAUGGCUCUGUUUCUGAGACCAGCCACUGGGCAGAUGGAUUCCCUUUGAAUCUCAGAAUUUACCAAAUGCUGUUAGAAACUUGUUUUGAUGUUAAUGAUGAAACAUCUGUUAUUGAAGAGGUUGAUGAGGUUCUAGAACUCAUAAAAAAGACAUGGGUAGUCCUUGGAAUGAACCAGAUGCUGCACAAUCUUUGUUUCUUGUGGAUAUUGUUUAACCGUUACGUGACAACUGGUCAAAUGGAAGGCGAUCUGUUGUUUGCUGCCAAUAAUCUGUUGAUGGAAGUUGAAAAGGAUGCAAAGGAAAUGAAAGAUCCAGAUUAUUCCAAGAUAUUGAGCUCCACUUUGGGUGCAAUUUUAGGUUGGGCGGAGAAAAGGCUUUUGGCCUACCACAAUUAUUUUCAUAGUGAUAACACUGAGUCAAUGGAAUGUGUUGUUUCUAUUGGGGUUCUAUCAGCAAAGAUAAUGGUAGAAGAUAUCUCACAUGAGUACCGUAAGAAGCGAAAGGAAAAUGAUGUGGCUCAUGAGAGAGUUGAUACGUACACAAGAUCAUCAUUGCGCACUGCUUUUGGUCAGAUAAUGGAGAAGGUGAGGUCUAGCAAGCGUUCAGCUAAGAACCAGCAAAAUCAGCUUCCUUUCCUUUCCAUCCUUGCAAAUGAUGUCAGUUCACUGGCUUUUAGUGAGAAGGCAAUAUUUAGUCCAAUAUUAAAGAGGUGGCAUCCUCUUGCAGCUGGUGUAGCUGUAGCCACUCUUCAUUCCUGCUAUGGGAAUGAGUUGAAGCAAUUUGUUUCUGGCAUUGGUGAAUUGACACCAGAUGUAUUACAAGUGCUGAGAGCUGCCGACAAAUUGGAGAAAGAUCUGGUGCAAAUUGCAGUUGAAAAUUCAGUAGACAGUGAGGAUGGUGGAAAGUCAAUCAUAAGGGAGAUGCCUCCUUAUGAGGCUGAAUCGGUAAUUUCUAAUCUGGUUAAAUCAUGGAUAAAGACAAGAUUAGACAGACUGAAGGAAUGGGUUGACAGGAAUCUGCAACAAGAGGUUUGGGAUCCACGAGUGAAUAAAGAGCGCUUUGCUCCCUCUGCUGUUGAAGUUUUGCGAAUUGUAGAUGAAGCUUUAGAAGCAUUCUUUUUGUUACCGAUAUCUAUGCAUGCUGCGUUGCUUCCUGAUUUAACCACUGGUAUUGACAGAUGUCUUCAACAUUAUAUAUCAAAGGCAAAGUCUGGCUGUGGGACCCGAAGUACUUUUGUUCCCUCCAUGCCUGCUUUGACUAGAUGUUCAACUCGGUCAAAAUUUCCUGGUGUAUUUAAGAAAAAAGAAAAGUUUCAAAUAGCACUGAGUAGGAAAUCUCAGGUUGAGACUACCACUGGCAAUGGCUCCUUUGGGAUACCCCAGCUGUGCUGUCGUAUUAAUACUCUGCAGCAUAUUCAAUUGGAGUUGGAAGCUUUGGCAAAAAGGGCGAUUGGACAUCUCAAAAAUUUUGAAUCCACUCAUGCGGACAAUAUUGCCAACAGGAUGGGUAAAGCAUUUGAACUUUCAGCUGCUGCUUGCGUGGAAGGGAUUCAACAACUGUGUGAGGCAACAGCAUAUAAGGUUAUUUUCCAUGAUCUAAGUCAUGUCCUUUGGGAUGGCUUGUAUGUAGGGGAAGUUUCAUCCUCUAGGAUUGAGCCUUUUCUUCAGGAACUUGAGCACUAUUUGGAGGUUAUUUCAUUAACAGUGCAUGACAGAGUCAGAACACGAGUUAUUACUGAAGUAAUGAAAGCAUCUUUUGAUGGUCUCAUGCUGGUUUUACUUGCUGGAGGCCCUGCUCGUACUUUCGGUCUGCAAGAUUAUGAAACAAUAGCAGAGGAUUUUAAGUUUUUGACUGAUUUAUUUUGGUCCAAUGGUGAUGGACUUCCAGCUGACUUGAUAGAAAAGUUUUCAACCACGGUUAAAGCCAUCCUCCCCUUAUUCCAUACUGAUACUGACAGCCUGAUUGAGCAAUUCAAAUAUAUGACUCUAGAGAGUUAUGGUUCUUCUGCAAAAUCCAAGCUCCCAUUGCCACCAACUUCUGGUCAGUGGAGUCCUACUGAACCAAACACACUCUUGCGAGUCUUAUGUUAUCGGAAUGACGAGAUGGCUACUAAGUUCCUUAAGAAGAUUUACAACUUGCCAAAGAAACUCUAACAAAUUUUCUGGUGAUUCAUGUAGUUUCCCACGUUUGUCAAAGUCAUAGGCAUUAAAGCCCCCGUAAAGCAUCUAUAGUGCAGGCGUUUGUUAGAGAAGUUGUACCUCGUAAGAAAAAAAUGGCUCCUGUUAUGGUAAUUUUUGUUGGCUGGAUUCUAUUUGUUUGAGACCUUAACCUGGAGUGGGAAACCUCAUAAGAAUAACGGAUAUGCUCCUUGGUCGACUGUUAAAGCACUUCCAAGCAUUAUAAUUCUGACUUCUGGGAAGGAUGAGGAUGCUGGUUUUUCGACAUCAUCACUAUCUGCUUCACGUGGAGUUGGGACGAAACAUGAGAAGGCAUUUGAUGAAAAAGCAGUGUGAGGUUCUUGGCCAUUCUUUUUAUAAAUAUAUGGAUAUAUUUUUCAUUUUCUGACCAUUCGUAAUAUUAUAUUCUCCCACAAGUGAAGGCCAAUAUCGCAGGAUACAAGUAUAAAGGUUUAAUAACUUAUUGAGAAAAUUUCAUAGGUUUUUGUUUUGCUUCAAUGAUUUGGCAUUUGUAUUGCCGUUUUCUGUAACAGCCUGUGUACGGAAAUUUGUGUUGCUUGUUUAACGAACUGUUUUUUAUUUGAAUUUUUUUUGCAAACAAAGUCACAAUCUGAGUGUGAAAGAGGUGUAGCCAUUAAAAUUUAAAUUUCUAAUUUAUUGUAUAUUAUUUUUUAAGGGUUGUUGAAUUUGCAGGACUCCAACUUCUUUUUCUAAGAGCACUUUUUUUUUUUUUGGCAAUUUGUUAUCCGUGUAGAUUGAAUCUUCCCUUCGUUAAGUGAGGCAACUCUAUUUUGGUUGCUUAUAGUUAUAAUCCAAGAGAUAAUAGUAAAGAGAUCACACUUUUACUUCCUCCAAAAACAGUUUCAAAAAGUAAAUCUGGAUCGUCUAGCUCUUGUUUCCAGAUACUGACGGUUCAAGAUGCUGUUAUCAAUGGUUAAACUAACGCAAGCCGUGAAAGAGAUCUGAUGUGCAACUAAAGUCAUUAUUCAAAAGGUGCUAUGCCAUUGUCACCCAAAAUUUCAGUGAAGCCAACUUUCUUAACAGUUAAACAAUUUGGCAAAUAGUAGGUUUGUUAGUGAGUUUUAUUGUUGUUGAACCCAAGU